CUUCAAUUAGCCUAGCGAUCUAGGCAUCAGUAACGUACAAGAGCAAGUAAUCGGAAAAUUCAUUAUCAUGGGGAAUGUCAAUUGAACGGCUCUUGCCGAGCUCUCCUCAGUCGUUCAGUAAAUGUUUUUCUAUGAUUAGUGUAAUUUCUUCAAAACAUUGCAUCGCAAUGUUUUCGGAAGGUUAAAAUGUCUACAAGAUCUCAGCUAACAAAAGAUCUGAAUGAUAGCGUCACUGCUCUAUUGGGAAAACGCAUAAAAAUCUUAUUGAAGAAUGUAGUAAAACUUGAAACAAAAGGAGAUAAAACUGAAAAUAGAGUAUUGGUAUUUUCACCAUGUCGUUUAUUUUUACUUACUGCGAAAGUCCCAACAAGGAUCGACUGCCAUUAUCAUUACCUGGAGAUAAAAGGGAUCGAGACAAGAAAAGAAAAUACAUUGAGUUUCUUGAUCGGUGAUAAAUGGUAUACAUUCGUGUGUCAAAAUGGAGAGGUUGAAACAAUGCUACAUGCCUUAUGUGCUGCGCUGCAAGUCAUCUUUCCAGGAGUACCUCUACAGCAAGUGGUUGACCGAGUGUCAGUAGAUGGCUUCCAACAGAUCAUUCCAGAUCCUCCUCCACAGCCUCCGUGUGGUGCCUUUUCAACCCAGUAUGCAUGUAUGUGUGACUACCAUGGGCUUCCAUAUCGAGAGGAAGUUUCCUGGGAUGUGGAUACUAUUUAUGUCAGUCACAAUACAAGAGAACUUUCUUUAAAAGAUUUCGAUCAUCUUGAACCUAAGGACAUGGUGCCGAUCAUCAGCGCUCUUGAACAUAACAGAUGGUUCACCGGGUUCAAAGCUGCAAACGUGAAGCUUACUCACGAAGCUAUGGAUCGCAUUCUCCAUGUGUUUUCCAGGUCUAUUACCCUCGAAUCACUCACCCUUCACAACCUCUCUCUUAAAGCUGAUUUUAUUAACCGCCUUUGCACUGCAAUAACUUCUAAUCCAAAUACUCCAUUGAAUGCUCUUGAUCUCUCAAAUAAUCCUACCAUUGAAGAUAAAGGAGUUUACGGCAUUUGUACGAUUCUCACAAAACUUGUUCAAGAAGGUAAAGGGAUCAGUCACUUGAACCUGAGCCUAACAGGUCUCAGCCCAAAGGGAGUCUCGCUGCUGACCCAGACAUUAGCUAAUCUUAGGCCCCUCACGCUGACCUACCUCAACCUCAGUGGAGCAGCGAUUAGGGAAGACAUCAAUGGUUUGCUCAGCCUUUUGGCAGAACCCAAUGCAAUUACUCAUCUAGACAUUUCCAGCACUGAGAUUGUUUUAGAUACGGUGUUCGGAGCGUUGUUGCGGGGCUGUUCUACUUCUCUGGUCCACUUGAACCUUUCUAAAAAUGGUUUUUCCGUUAAGAAAUCGAAAGAGAUGCCUCCAUCCUUCAAACAGUUCUUCACCAGCACCCUCUCACUGAAGUAUCUUAAUAUUUCUCACUGCAAAUUGCCUAUGGAGGCUCUCAAAAACCUGCUCCUGGGUUUAGCCUGCAACGAAUCAACUGUCGGCCUCGAUCUGGACCUAAGCUGCAAUGCGUUGGGUGCUCAUGGAGCUCACGUCCUGGAGUCGUGUAUCCAUGGUGUCCGUGCUUUGUCAUCACUGGAUAUAUCAGAUAAUGGCCUAGAAGGAGAGCUCGGUGGAGUGGUUGCAGCCGUAGGUAAGAACAAGUCCAUUGUAGAACUGAAGCUAUGCCGAAACCUUGUUGGAAUGAAACCAAAGCAUAUAACUCCCGUUAUUGAGUCUAUAGUUCACACUAUACAGGAAGAAGAUUGUCCUCUUCAGAUGCUCUCUCUUGCCGAUUGUAAACUUAAGUCUGAAAUUCACCCUGUAAUUAAUGCUCUAGGAUCUAACCAAUGUCUUAACACUUUAGAUAUUAGUGGAAAUGGAAUGGGAGACUUAGGUGCUAGACUGUUAGCUAAAGCUCUUCAAACGAACUGCAAACUGAGAAGCAUCCUUUUCGACAGGAACAACAUUUCUCUACAGGGGUUCGCUGACAUAGCUUAUGCCAUGGCCAGCAAUUAUAGUGUUGUAUAUGUGGGUUGCCUACUCCAUGACGUUCUGCCUUGCAUGAAACUUUCUCCAGAAAAGACUGAACAAGCUCUGAGUUCCAUUUAUAAAGCUCUCUAUCGUAAUUCAGAUCCUAAUAACACGCAGGCUCUGAGGCGGCAACACACCGUCCUGGUGAACUGCGGACAGCAGACACUGGAGCGUGCUAUUGCUCAGGCCCAAGAGACCAUCAAAGUCGUGUCUGCUAACAACAACGAUCAUACAGCUGCGAUUAAUGCCGCAACAGCUCUCGUUGAAGACGCAGACAAUGCUAAACAGGUGUUUGCAAGACUUCAAGACAUUGCUGAAGGAGGUGACCUCACUACACCGAUUCAGCAAAAACUUGCAUCUGCAUCACAUGAAGUUGCCUCAAUACUUCAAAAACAUGUCUCUGGACGUGUUGAUGAGAUGAUCACGACGGCUGAGGAGUUGUGUGGUCAGCGAGUGAUGUCCGAACGUCUGAAAUCAGACCUGAGAGCUUCGGUCGCUCCACGGCUGGUUGUGGACCAGGAGUUUCUGUCAUCAGUUGUUGUUACUCAACCAACGACUCAGCUUUCAUUGAAAGCAAGUGAAAUGGGCCUAACUGCUGCAACCCACUUAGCUGAAAAAAUUACUGAUGAAGUUGUGGAUUUGCUCAAUAAAACGCAGACUUGUUUGGUGGGUGGGAAGAGGAGUUCUACUCCAGAUGUUCUGCGAACCAUGCCUCGCCAGAUUAAUGACCCCCUACAUCCUUUGGCAACACCUCAGUUAAUAAAUAGGAGGAAGUCCCUGCACAGUAGAAAGUUACGGCCUAACUCUGUUGUGGAUACAGUCAGCGCUGAACACAUUCCAGAUCUCCUGCCCUCUAUAAACAACUCUCCUCAAGACCAAUCUAUUACAGAUUCUUUGGACUCGGUGUGUGAAGGUGCCGGUCAGCGGCUGCAACACCUUGUCAAAGGUCGACCAAAACGUCUCAAGACUAGAGCUCCUUCUCGACCCAAUCACCCGAAUUCGUUCCCCGACUCUGAAGAUUUAGAUUCUACUGAUAAUCAGAGCACAGCUAGUGAAAUGAGUAGCAGUAUUACAAAGCCAAGGCCCUGGUCUACGAUAGAUAAAUCUGAUAUCUGCAGUGAGGCAUCAACAGCCGCUAAUACCCCUGACUCUCCUGAUACUCCUUCAAUAUUAUCAGAAGGGGACAAGAGAUCCGUACGAGAUAUUGCAGCAAGCAUAAACAAACAUGAAUUAGACAGCAAGGUGACAUAGCGAGAAUUAGAUUUCAUAGAUAUUAAAACGAUUGUCAUAAGGUGACAUGAGAACUGUACAUAACUGUGUAUAUGCCUGUUCUUUCAGGUUGCAUUAUAUGCACUUAUAUAUGUAUAUUCCUAAUUGUAUAUUUGUUAUAAACUAAUGACUUGUAUUUUUUAUUAUUAUGAUUAUUAUAGAACAUGCUUCCUUCCAUAUUACUUAAUUUUAGUUAUUGACUUUUAUACUGUUUGUCUUAUUGAUCACAGUUAUUUAUUUUAUAUUUUAUUGUAUGUUAUGUGAUGUUUUUAUCGUUAUUGUUUUGAUUUUUUAGUUUCAAGAUGAAGCUUUAUAUUUGUGCCAAAGCUAUAAUGCAUUCCGUUUUAUAUCUUAACUUACUUUUUUAAUAUUAUUUGUAAUGAUAAAGUCAAAUCUCCUUUACUUUUAGGUGGCAAAAGUAUUAACUAUUAAUUUGUUUUACUUUCAUUUAUAUUAAUUUAAAUUGUUCCUCAUAGUUGGUAAGAUGAUUCUUCCAAAAAUUAUUUAGAGAUUCGAAAUAGCAUUUUGAUUGUUACUAAAUUGAUUUUGUGCAUUAUACAGAAGUAAUUAAGUAAAUGACUAGUAAAAUAAAAAGAUAACCCUAACUGCCCAACUGGUCUGUGAGUGAACUCUUAGUAUAAAUUGACUGAAGUUAUAUAUUAGCUGUAUUGACAGAGUAAUUAGAACUUAUAUUUCAACUGUAAAGUGUCUUAAACGUGUAGUCUACUUAUUUGUAAAAUAGUUAUCAAAAGUAGUUUUCUCUGUUUCCUUUUUAUAAGAGAUAAAAAAUAUAUAAGACAAUUUUUUAUAGAUAGAAUAAGUAUACGCUGGUAUUGGUACUGAGUUAAAUUUCCAUCUUGCACUAUUGUUCGUAAUUAAAUGACUAUAACUGUUUAACAAAUACAUUAUUUUCUUUCUUCUAUUUUCUAAAGAAAAAAAAUGUGAAUUGUUAAUUUUUAUUAUUUAAUUACUAAUUGUCUAAAUGAAUCAUUUAAAUUUUUGUUACUAUAAAUGUGAAUAACUUGUUAUAUUUUCUUAAUUUAAACCUGAACAACAAUUUGUCUAAUAAAUUAUAAUUUUAUCAAUUUUCUUGAUCUUAAGAUAUUUCUUGGUGCCACAUAUAUUUGAAAAUAAAAUACUUUCAGCUAUAAAUUAUAUUUGAAAUAUAUCUCACAUUUGUUAAAUAAUAA